AUGAAGAGCUUCCCUCCUGUUUUAGAAGAGAUGAUAAAAAAAGGGGCAUAUACGACCCUGUCCACAGUGCAGGGUCGUGAUCACACCAAGUCUGAGGAGGGAAAAAGGGAAGGUAAUGAUAACUACAGGGAGGAUGACAGCACGAACAGUGUUGGUUGUGACGGGGCCUACAACUCGGACAGCUGGGAAGAUGGCUCCACAUGUGCCUCCUCCAUCGGGAAAAGCGUGCACAUCAUAAACGCCAGCUUCAGUAAGAUAAAAAAGAAUCUAAAUGAUAUAAAUAAAGCCCUUAAUUUGGAUAUCCACUCGGAGGGAGAAACGGGCGACGAGUUGGACGGCCAAUCGGAGGAUGGAUCGGACGGCGCGACCCUCUCCAGCGAUGACAGCAGCGUGGUGAGGACAUUCAACGCUUCUAACGGGUGCAGUGAAAACGAUGAAGAUGAUAAUGACGAGGGUGACAACAGGAAAAGGAGCAAGCAAUUGCAGCUACUACUAAACAACAUAAUAAACACCAAGUUGGAGAAAAAAAAAAUAGGAACCCUGGACAUCAUUGAUGAGUGCAUAGCCAUGAAGAAGAAUUACAACUCCAGUGGAGAGAAGAAGGACGAAGGGGGAGGGGAAGACAACUGUGCGUUCGUUGUGGACGGGGUGCCCCGAGGCGUCAGCUAUGCACAGAGUAUAGACUUGCGCGAGGUGGACAAUUUGGACGAUCUCUUAGCAGGUGUAGCGGCGUCUGAAGCAGCGCAUGAAGCAGCGCAUGAAUCAACGUCUGAAACAGCGAGCGACUUUGCGGUGCACCCGGAGGCGCCACCGGGCUUCGACGUGGUGAACUUGAAGGACUCAGGUGGGGUCACCAGUGAAGACGAAGAGGACGCCAAAGCAGCGAGCGAGACUGACUCUGCGGAACCCCCAAAGGGACACCCCCCCGCAGUGAUGCGGUUCACUGACUAUCUACGCAAUUUUAAAGACUCGAGAAAAUAUACAAAAGGCAGACUGACUUAUCCAAUAGAAUUUUUUUUAAAAAAGCAGCAGCAGUUUGUCCAACUUUUAAGGAGAAAAAAGAAGCUCUUCUACUUUGUGCUGCACGUUUGCUUCCUCUUUUCUUACCUUUUCUUUUGCCUUUCGUUUAUCCUUUGCAAGCGUGCCCUUUACGGCAUGUUUUAUGACCAGGAUUUGUGA